UGAGAGAAGCCGUGUAAGAUAAGAAGAGAGAGAGAGCGAAAGAGAAAGAGAGAGAAUAUUCUCUCUAGGUAGCUUUCUUUUUGGUCUUUUCUUCUCAGUUUCAAGCAAGCUUUUUUUUUUUUUUUUUUUUGCAGCAAGAGUCUAAUUUCUUAACUUAGAACAAAGUUUUCCAGUUAUAUUUUCUGUCAUUUAAACGGGUACAGAAAAUAAUUUGAUAAAUAUUCUGGGAAAAAUCUUGGGUUAUAUUUUGCCAAGAAGCUUUUGUUUUUUCUUCUUUUUUUUUUUUGUACGUUCUGGUUUCAGCUUCUCACUUAGUUUCUUCUAGUUUAGAUAGUUUGGGACAAACCCAGCAGUUACUUUGUGUUCACUUUCAAAAUGAUUUCUCAAGAUGGCCUUUCUGUUCCUUCUACAAUUAAACCUUUUGUUCCAGAACCGAACUCAAACCCUAACCCUAACCCUAGUACAAAUCAGUCGAAGAGGAAGAGAAAUUUACCGGGAAAUCCAGAUCCAGAUGCAGAAGUUGUAGCUUUAUCUCCAAAGUCUCUCAUGGCUACAAACCGAUUCCUCUGUGAAAUUUGCAACAAGGGUUUCCAAAGAGACCAGAACUUGCAACUUCAUCGAAGAGGCCACAAUCUUCCAUGGAAGCUAAAGCAAAGAACAAACAAAGAAGUAAAAAAGAAGGUGUAUAUUUGCCCAGAAAAGACCUGCGUACACCAUGACCCAUCAAGAGCCAUAGGUGACCUUACUGGAAUAAAGAAACACUACAGCAGAAAACAUGGAGAAAAGAAGUGGAAGUGCGAGAAAUGUUCAAAGAAGUAUGCAGUUCAGUCAGAUUGGAAAGCUCAUAGUAAGAUCUGUGGCACGAGAGAGUACAGAUGCGACUGCGGCACACUCUUUUCCAGGAAGGACAGCUUUAUAACCCACAGAGCUUUUUGCGAUGCUUUAGCUGAAGAAAGUGCGAGGUUUACUCCCAUUUCGUCUACCAAUCCAAAUUUUAGGAACGACUCCGGAACAAGCAAUAAUCCUCAUCAAGUUCCCCAAUUUUCAUCUGUUUUUAGGCCACAGUCUGCAGGACCGGAGCUCGUCGGCAAUCUUAGUGUAGAUGGCCAUAAGCCAAGGUUACCACUAUGGCUAGACCAAGCCAAUUCUCAUCUCAACCCGACUGGGAAUAUCGCUAGUAAUUCUAAUGCUAUUUUUACACCAAAUUCUUCAAGCUUGCCUGAGUUGGCACAAAUGGCACCGAUGAGUAUGUACCCCUUGACCCAAAUGCAGUGGUUCAACAAGUACCCAGAAGCAUCAUUUGCAGGAGCCAAUCUCUCUAUAUCAUCAGCAUUGCCACGGGGACCCAAAGAGGAAGAGGAAAAUAAGAGUUCAUAUAACUUGUCUGAGUCCAUUUCGUCUUUUUAUCCAAAUAACCAGAGCCACCAACAAGGUUCGGCUCACAUGUCCGCCACUGCGCUCUUGCAAAAAGCGGCACAAAUGGGAUCUACAAGAAGCAACCCAGCAAUGAGCAGCAGUACCGGGUUUGGGCUAAUGAGUUCUCUAUCUUCUUAUAACCAGGACAAGAAUAAUGAAGUUCACAAGUUUUUCAAGCAACCAAAUCAAGCUGAUCAGAACUUGAACGAGUUAAUGAAUUCUUUAUCUUCUUCAACGCCAGGUUCCACCAUCAGAGUAGCUGGUGGGUCUUCGGGAGAUCUAAACUCAAGCACCUUAAUGACUGACAACAAGAAUAUAGAUCAUCUGUUAAUGCCAACAAAUGCAAAGCAAAGUCAACUAAUUCCAGCUGGGAAUCUGAAUGGGAGUAAUUCAAACGAAGCUGAAAGAAGUCUAACAAGAGAUUUUCUCGGUGUAGGAGGUCAUGAAGCCGCCAGCAGACCAUUCUCUCAGCAAGAGCUCGCAAAGUUCAUGGAUUUGAGCCAGUACAGUGCACAUCAGUGAAGUAAAGAGAAUCCGAAUACAAGAAGGUUAAGUUAGCAGUAGCACAUACACUAAAAGAAAGUUUUAAGAGAAGUAGAUCAGAGAACUUAAUUAGGGUAAUGAUGAAAGCCUUUUUGCGAGGAGUUGGAGUUGAAGUCAGUGAAGAGCAAGCGAGUCAACUCAGAGGAAAACAGAGAGAAAAGGUGUUGUGAGUUGUGAAGAAGAGCCAAAAGGGGCCAGUGCAUGGUGGAAGAGAGUUAGCAGAAAGAGACAAUGCCAUCAGAGGGGAGUGGGGCCUAGCCAUGCAUGUAGUUUGUAAUUUUUAUUUUUAUUUUUAAAUUUUAAUUUUAAUUUUUAACGUCGAUAGAACAUGUAGUAGCUUUGUGUUUAGUAUUUACACAUGGUCGUGACCACUUCUUGUCU